AUGACUCGACCGCUCGGACGACCACGCUCUUGGCGAAAGCCAUCUGGACCUGGCGCGCUUCGGCGCGUCACCACUACCACCACUUGCUGCUGCCUACGGACUCGCUGGUUGCCUGAGGCAUCUGAGGAUGCUGCCAACAGAGACGCCCGCCAGGCCGAGAAGGACCUGGACUCCCGCCACAAGCUACAAGCCAAGACCCGCAAGCAGUACCAGUACGGCUUGUCAAACGAGUUCUCCGAGAAGCACCGCGCUAUCGCCGCGUCCGAUGUGCUUGACCGCAAGUUGGGAGUGAAGAUGGGCUGGAGAGAGGAAGAGGAGAAGAAGGAGGAGCUGUUCUGUAAGGCGGAGAGGACUAGCAAGGGUGUUCGCCACUACGAAGGACCUGGAGGCGUUUGA